CUCUAUCGCAAGUUAUAAUGUAAUAACACGAAAGAAAACAGCAUUACAAUAUUUCACCUUCGUACAAUGUUACAGUAUGGAUUUCUCUUGUUUGGUACAUAUUUAACACUGUCUGCACAAGUACAUUCAUUCGUGUUACUGACAGCUAAUGUAAGCGACUUGAAACGAAUCGCGCAGAAGUUUAUACCGGAAGUGGUGGUCGAGAACAUCGCGGAUAUAAUAUACAAAGCCUCCGAAGAUUUAGCUGCUACCAACGUAUCCGAAGAAAACGAAGAAAACUAUAACUACAAGACUAGAGAUAAAUAUGCAAGUCAAAAAGAAUCAGAAUCUGAAACCUCAAAAGAUAUAGAAGACCCACAGUCUAUUAGCGAUGAAGUGACCACAAAACCCUCUAUCAUUUCUAUAGACUCGAUACUUAAAGCUUUUUCAUCUCAAGGUACCAAUGGUAAAAAUAAAAAAUCAACAAAAUAUAAGGAACCAAAACUAAAUAUAAAUAAAGACGACGUGGAUUCAAAUCCAGAUAACAUUAAAUCCAAAAAACUCCAUCAUCCAAAGAAGACAAAAUCACCAAAACUAUUAAAUAAGAAACCUCAAAUCGAUGAAUCAGAGUUAUCCGAACUCCCUCAUGUACAGUCUAAAUCAUUUACUCCAAGUCUAGAUGUAUUUAGUGACCAAAAUAAAUCAUAUAACAAAAAAUCUGAGGAGUCCAAACAAUAUUCUGAUGAAGAUUCACAAAGUGAUAUAGCUCUUAAAAUCAAACCAGAAAAAUCUAAAUCAAAAACAGAGAAACGUAAAUCUAAAAGUAAACAUACUAAUAAAGCUAUUUUAAGGAAACAUAGAGCUAAAUCCCAAAGGAGGCAUUCCAAAUACGAUAACAGUGAAGAUAAUACAUAUAAAGACAGUACGAGGAAAUCAGUCACUUUGACCACUAGUGUACAAAGAAAUGAAUUUGACCAAUACGUAAACUUGAAUUAUCCAAAAUCGGAAUUAGUUGCUACCUUGGACCUUUGA